UCCUGAACAAAGGUCAAACACACCUACGUAACGGGGUCAAAAGCAUCAGGUAACCAAUUGUGAACAAGACCAUGUCGCGUGACUCACCUUUUGCACUACCGCGCAAACUCAAAGAAAGUGAAAGCAGUUCGAGUCACAAAUGAAGGACUUUCUCUCUUAGUCUAGUCUCGUUUGAGGCGAUGUGCUGACAGACACAGUCAACAACAGCAAGAAUUCGCUUUCUAGAGGGCCCACGUACACGUUUGGGGUCUUGCAUGGACUGCGGAAGUGUUGCUGUCGGCGUACAAAAAGUCUGUGGCGGAGCGGGACCCGGGAAGGCCUAGGGUUGGUGACGUCAAGCCAUAUUAACCCACCAGCAGGUUGUAUAACUUGUAGGACUUUCAGAACCUUGUCUCUUACAAAGUAUCUACUCGAGAUUCAGACGUUUUCAGGACGUCUGAACCGAUGAGGACAAGUGUUAGUGAGUGAGGUGUCACAAGUAGUGUUUGAGUUCGGCGGUGGGCCUACCCGGGAAACAACAUGGCGUCCAACAUGGACACAAAACAUGGAGACAAAGGUGAAACGGAGCAUGAUAAAACAACGGCGGCUAUUUCAGAGGCGGACUCUGGCCGUGGACUAUCCGUUGCAGACGUCUCCUCGCCGGAAGGAGAUGACCAACGUCGUGUUGGCACAAACCAGGAUUUAGACGAGAUAGAACCCCGUAUGCCUAUCCAGACUGACACUUUGCAAGAUAGCCAGGCAGCAGUGGGCAAGGAACCUUACGACAGGGAGUUGCAGUUACAAGAGGGAGAAAGAGACGAACUAUACGACGGAGACAGUCCAGAGACCACAAGUAAACGCAUUGUUCAGCCAUCAGAGCAAGGUGAGGAUGCAUUUGCCAAGUGGCAGUCCGCAUACGGCCGACAUGAUAAUGUAUUUCAACUUUUGAUCGUCGACCCUGUAUCGGGGAAGUGGAGGAAACUGCAACUUCGGGACGUUUGCGUGAAUCGAGUUGAUCAGAAGGGAUCCGGACAUGUGAGUGUUGAUGUUACCGGGUUAGAGGUACGAGACGCCAAUAAAACAAACGGUAAUAUAGUAGCUGGAAACGAACAACGCGACGUGUUAAGGGACCUCCAGGAUCUGUCACUGUCCGAAUCAGUGGUGCUUAGCUACCGGCGAGGUAGUGACGUCUCCCCACACUUACUCCAGGAGGUAAAGGAAAGAGGAGCGGGGAAGUCACCCCACGUUCAGGAAUUUUUCUCCUUCAUUGCCAAGCAUUUGGCGUCGUUUGGAGAAGUAGAGGAUUGUUACAUCCUGCCGCUCCGGAAUGGGCUUCUGAUCUCCCAAUCAGAAUUAACGGUGCGCAGCAUCCAAGGAACCAAACUCACUGUCGCCCAGACCACUGUCCGAGGAACGAUAAUUCUGCUGAAUCCCACGGUCUCACAAGACAUGAAAGCAACCUACAGACCUGAUCAUGAGUCAUCGACCACACCUGGUAAUUUUGAAACCAGAAAACGGCUAGGACGAGGAGCAGAAGGACCAGUUUACAAUGCAGCAGACAUUGAGAGCAAUGACGAGUUUGCCUUCAAAAAGAUACCACUGGCAAAGUUUGGGAGCUAUAAAGAAGCUGCAGCAGCUUUCCUAGAGUUGAAAGGCAGCACAAACACCUGCAGGCCCUAUGGUUUGGUUUUGGAUGAGGAAAAUGACUGUGUCCUUUUUCUGAUGGAGAGAGUAAGAGGAAGAACUCUGAGGGAAGUCCUCAAAGAUCAAACAGAACUUAUGGAGGUACCGGUUGCUGUGGGCUAUGCAACUGGCAUAUUGACUGGUCUGAAAUACAUCCAAAGUCAAGAGAUGAUGCACACAGAUGUGGCAGCAAGGAAUGUAAUCAUUGAUGGUCUGCAUGCCAUUCUAAUCGACCUAACUGGAGCUAAGAAGAUGAAACUUAAGGGAUGGGAUGAGGCAGGGGCACUUUGCCUCCUGAAUGGCAUGCUCAGGAAUGAAAUCCCCCAAAAAAUUCACUUGGAUGAAUCAAGCAAUCUGUGGAAAGCUACAGCGGAUGACCUGGCCAAGUUUAAUCCAGCAACACUUUGGAAGUUAGAAGAGUUACUUGAGAAGGUGGCUAAGACUCCAACUACACAGACUCCAACAGUUGAUGAACUUUUACCAAUCCUGCAGGAGAUUUCAGAAGGCUUACCAAAAACAUCUGACACUGUUGACAGCCAAGAUUCAUUGGAGGAUGGAGUUCCCUCACCCCCAAACAUCCAACUCUCACCAGAAGGUUCAGCUCAAGUAGAAACACUGGAGGGACUAAAGAAACAGAUUGAAGAAUUAACAGAAGAGAAUGAAAAGUACCGCAAGGACUUGAGUGAUGCAGAGAAGAAGCUGAAGGAAGAGGAAAAUCGAGUCAAAGAGCUUCAUGAAUCCCGGAACCAGUUGUCUAACAUGGUAAGAGAGACAGAAGAGGACCUUGAAAACCUAAAAGGUGUCCUGCAGGUGGCCAGGGCAUCAGAGAAAAAGUGGAAAUCAGAAGUUGAGCGCCUCGAGUCUGAGAAUCAAAAGAAGCAGGAGAUGCUGGACAGAGCAGAACAGGAGAAACAAGAGCUAAAGGCUGAGAUCAACAAGUUGCAGGACAGGGCAAAGCAGAAUGAAGGCCACAGAGUUGAGGACUGAACUGAAAGGAGCCCUCACAGCCACCUACAUGAAGAAGCAGUGCUAAAAUCAGGCUAUAGUUAAACUAAAUGUGGUUUAGAGUACCACACCAUAAUGUACAAAUAGCAUAAUUACUUAGUCUAAGAAGAGGGUAAAGCCAAAGAAAAGAUUUAUUUGUAACUAGAGUUCGGCGACCUCAUACCUCCAUGAAAAUUUAGAGCUUUUGUAAAUUUCAUGCAAUUGACUAACACAUUAACAUAAUUU